UUAAAUCUCUUCCCACCCCCUUUACGUUUCUGCAUCUGCAUCGCUCUUCUCUACAGUCUCUCUCUCUCUCUCUCUCUAAUUGUCCGUUACUCUCACUCUAACUUAUGGCAGCUGAAGAGUUCAGUCAUCCCCCACUAGCGCCUACAAUUCUCCCUCCGUAUCCAGAGGUGAUUUUGGCUGCGAUCGAGGCUCUGGAUGACAAGAACGGCUCGAACAAGUCAGCAAUCUCGAAGCACAUCGAAGACACCUACGGCGAGCUUCCUCCGGCUCACAUGACUCUCCUCUCUCACCAUUUGAACAAGAUGAAGCAGAGCGGUCAACUCGUCAUGGUCAAGAACAACUACAUGAAGCCCGACCCCAACGCUCCGCCGCGCCGUGGCCGUGGCCGGCCGCCGAAGCCCAAGGCGGACCUCCCGCCGGACGCCGUGGUUUCGCCGCCGCGAGCCAGAGGCCGACCACCGAAGCCCAGGGACCCCUCGGCUCCUCCCCAGACCAAGUCGCCGUCGGCCAGCAGUGGUCGUCCCCGUGGGAGGCCGCCGAAGAAGGCGAAGACUGGUGGUGGUGCGCCGCCGGCGACGGCGGCGAGUGGGACGCCGAGGGGGAGAGGACGGCCGCCCAAGGUGAAGACUGGAGUGGCUACUCCAGUAGGGUGCUGAUUGAAAGAAAAGAAUAGGAUUAGGGGUCUUAGUGCUAAUUGUUGUUUUCUUUUUAUCUUUUUAUCUUUUACAAUUCUUUAGUCCUUUUAUUUUCACUUAUUUGUGAUGAGUGUUUUUUAGGUUAGGUUUGAAUUGGGUGUGAGCGACUAGUGACUGUAAUUGCAAUGUAAAUGUAUGCAGCGGCUGAGGAGGCUUUAUGGCCUCUCUUUUAUCUCCCCUCUCUUUCUCUAGAAAAAGUGAAAUCAAUUUGAGAUAGAUUCUGAUUUACGUU